ACUCGGAGGUGAGGACCGGCUCUCUUGUGGAUGUUCAUCCUGCUGACCAGAGAAGGAGGGAAUGCACGCCUGAGGGGGAUCGGCCCUCGCUGCUGUUCCCGAUGAGUCCGUCCGUACGGCUCCUCGUUCAAGUGUUGCACAUUGCCUCUGUUUUCCUCUCUAUCUGUCAAAUGUCUUCAGGCGCCAAAAAGCCCGUCCAGAGUGCCGCUCUCAUGGAUCUGAGUGAAGACAACAAAUGCUUCAACUUUUCCGUGGCAAACCCGACCAAGAAAGAAUUCUACAGCCCCAACUAUCCCAACAACUAUCCCAAAAAUGUGAGGUGUACCCUGAGGAUAACAGCACCCCCUGGACACACAGUGAAGUUGGACUUCCGAGACAAGUUCCACCUGGAGAACUCUCCAUCUUGCAACUACGACUGGCUAGAGGUGAGGGACGGGCUGCACGGUUACAGCCCUAUGCUCGGCACCCGCUUGUGCGGCUCCGAGUUCCCCCGCCAAAUGAUCUCCUCCAAGCGUCAUAUGUGGCUGCAAUUCAACUCGGAUGAUUCCAUCGAGUACGAAGGGUUCCGGGCAGUCUACGAUUUUGUGCAGAUGCCCAACCUGGGUGCAAGCAAUCCAGAUAUCGAGAAAGAGUGCUCCAUCCACUUCAGCGGUCAUUCGGGGACCGUCAUGAAAUCCCAGAUGGACCAAUAUUUUCUCAAAUACAAAAACGAGGACAGCAUCGAGUGCAUGUGGACCAUCGAAACGGAGGCAGGGAAGAAGCUAUACCUGAACUUCAAGGAAUUCAGCCUGGACAAGCCCAACGACUGCGAUCAGAACUUCAUCCAGAUCUUCCCCGAUACGCACACGCCGAGCGAGAAGACGGCCAACUUCUGCGGCACAACGGCCGAACCGCAGAAAAGCGAUUCCAACAUCACCUACAUCCGCCUCUUCGCGCAGCGCCUCGCCUACGAGAAGACCGACUUCAAGAUCCAUUUCACCUCCUUCAGGGAGAUCCAGAAGAACGAACAGUGUGACCCCAAGACGGAGUUUAACUGCGGCGACCAGACCUGCAUCGACAUCUCCCUCAAAUGCGACGGGGAAUUCGACUGCAAGUACAGAUACGACGAAGAGCCCACCCUCUGCACAAGAGCUCUAGGUGCCGCCAUGGUGCUGACGUCUGAGCACAUGAUCAUCAUCCUGGUGGUCUUCUUCAGCCUGGUGGUUGCAAUGUGCGCCUCCAUCUCCAUCUCCUGCUACAAUAAAAUACAGGAGAGGCAGCUCCGAGAGCGAGAGUACAAGGAGAGGAGGUCCAAAGAGGCGUCCGUAGAAGUCACUCUGGACAGGACCUUACAGAGGAGAGACGACGAUUCCUCGGACGGAGGAUGCUAUGUCCCCGAGGUGGACUUCAGGGGUAAACAACAGAGGACCAAUGGUGGGGAGACCGUACCCAAGAAGAUGCCCAAAGGGGCGCCUUUCCAGCAGCCCAAUUACCCAUAUAUUAGUGAAAGCUUCGAGAGUUUAGAGAGUGACGUCAUCGUGCCUCCGGCACCACCCCCUGUCCCUGCACACAUGAAGGAAAGGCGGGAAAUCUCACCGCCGCCUCCAACCUACAGGAUCGUCGGGGGAAAAGUGAUCGCCAAUCCAGCCAAGAACGAACCCACCACUUCUGCUGAGCCACCUGCAAGGUGGCAAGGUCUUCGAGGAGCAGAGACUCCUUCAGAACCGAAAUGGCAAGAGAGCAGACCUCCUUCAGCCAGAUCGGGACCCAGAGUGGCUGAAAGGGAACCUCAGGAAUCGAGGACCAACUGGCUGCGGGGGCCUCUCGAGGCGGGGGUUCCGAGGAGCGCAUUCACUCGCCAGCCUGGAGAAAUCGGGCUCCCCAAAUUCGGGAUGUCGCGGGUGACUCCGGGGGGACCCGUCGGACAAUCAAAAGGGCCCCCCGGAGAUAAGCCCAUUCCAUUGUCAGCCUUCCGAAGCCCGUACGACCGGGUUGCGCCUGACAGAAUCGGAUAUCCAUCUCAAAGAGAGACCGACUUAAGGACUGAGGUCAGUGACUCCUCCAGGGCCCACAGCGUUGCCUCUACUCUCUCGGCACCCGAUGCUGUCAGAAACCGCUGACAUGACCAAACACGAGACCUAGUCAUAUUUUCUGGAAUGAAUGUUCGAUCCUUAUGAUAAUUGAUUUUAGUUAACUGAUAUGUGAUUCGACAUCCUGAGAAUCAUUUUAAAGAUGACUCCCCAUAAUUGCGGGAUUAUCAUUCUGAGGGAUGUCUUAAACGAUUCUUAUAUUUGAUUUUAGUUGAUUGAUAUGUGAAUUGACAUCCUGAGGGGAAUUUUAAAGAUGGCAGUCCGUUUUUACGGAACAGGCAUCCUAUGGAAUGUCUCAAACGAGAAAUCGAUAUUUUUAGGGACAUCCUUAACGCACCAUGAAAUUGCUGCCAACAUCCAAAGGCAAUAAUAACUUAGAUUUAGUGUUUCCAAAUCCUGAGGGAAUAUCUAACAAUCAUGGAAUCUUCAUUUUGUCAUUUCCAUGAAAUUGAUAUCUUAUUAACCAUCACGAUGGAGAAGCUAACAUCCAUGACAUUCAUCCAUCUCUCAAGGUCUUCCUAUUUCAAUCUUGGAUGAAUUAAACCGUUAGACGCUGACUUUAGGUUCGGCGAAAGAGACUGGCGUUUCUGACUGUUUCGCGAGAGACCUCGCAGUCUCUGUUCUUUAAACUCAGGCAAAACAAAAAAAAAAGAAUAGAAAACUUUUUACUCUUUUUAAAAUGCAUUCGUUUCUAGUUUGUAGUUCUUUUUUUUUUGUCGGGAAGAAAGCAUUCGUAGUUGUUAUAUUUAUAUAACUUGUCUGUUAUUAACUUUCCUUUCUCUCUGUUCAACAUUUAUGUGUCUCCGUGAAUCCAGACAUCUGAUCUCCUGUACUUUUGACAUGGAAUGAUAACACUGUUCAUUUGAGUUUUCACAAGAAGUCAGUUUCGAGAGAAAAUCCGGAACUGACCUUCCAUGAAAUAUCUCGCCUUAAGAUGUAUUUGUAUUUAACAUGUGUGUAACUUAGGAAUCACUUUGUUAAUGCCACAUUGUUUUUUAGUAUGUAAGAGGUUUUUUUAUUUGUCGUUGAGAAUUUUUUUUUGUGCUAAGAAUAAGUUUAACCUAUUGAUUUCGAUUAUAAUAAUUCAUAUUCAAUUCACUUUUUAAAGUUCAAUAGAUGAAGUUUCCACGUAGGUACUGGCCAAUGAACUAGAAACUUGUUAACAUCUGUGUAUAUGUAGAUAAGGGACAAAAUUAUGCAUAAUUUCCAAAUCAAAAUAACAUCACCAAAGUGCCACGAAGAGUUUCACAAAGGUUCUAAUGGGUGUACCAAAUCUGGAGUAUGUUCUUUUAAUUUGGCAUUGAUCCCCUGUUCUUUCUAGACGAUUCAUUUUAGGAACAAUAAAAUCCAUCCUGCAAUGCUGCAAUUUUAUUCCUGUGCUAUUAAUGUCAUCCACUUAACAGUAAUUCUACAAUAAUUGUUUGCAGUCAUAACUUUGAUUUCCAACUAUCAUAAGCGUAUCCGCAAAAUCCAGAUACCAGAUAUCCUAAAAAUGAUUGAUGAAUUUUGAAAAUUAAUUUUAAAAAAAGAAGGAAUGCAAUAGAAAUACCUCGUUUGUUGCCUUUCUCUUGGAAAAUCAGAGAAUUUUAUCUCACCAAAUUGUAAAUUUAAUUGACGAUUCCACUGCUAGGUAGCGCUGCAAAAUAGGAAAAAUAAACCCGGAAUAGAAUUGUUGCAAAAAAUAUUAAAUGAUGAUGUUUUCAAUGUACCUCCAUUAGUAGCAACAACGUGGCGCAGUCUGAGACAAAAAUUUCCAGACAUCCGUGCAAACAUGUCAAUUGCAAUUGUCUCACCUAUCGGUGGCAGUGUUAACUAAAUUUUUAAUUUGGCUGGAUAAAAUUCCCUGGUUUUUUAAGCCCACAAAUGAUACAUUUUUAUCGCAUUCCAUCUUUUUUUAAUUGAUUUUCAAAGUCCAUUGGUAGCACUGGUAUGAAUUUUAUUUUAAAAUAUAUGAGAUGUUGGAAAGACAUAUACCUAUUGUAUUAUUAAACCAAAAAAUGCAAAGCUUUGUGCAACGCCUACCGUACUCUGGACUUAAAGGCACUCCCUUUCUUAUAAAAUUCGUCCAUAACCGAAUAUGGGCUGUAAAGGGAGGUGAAAUAAAAUGUGGAAAAGUUUCUAUUUCAUCGGCGAGUGUCUGUAUUACCAUUUACUUUUUUGACAUUAUUUGUUUCACAAGUAAUUCCCAGUAUAGAACCUAAUUUAGAAACUAUCACUUAUUUAUAAAAAAAAGAAUUAAUUUUUUAUUAAUCUUUUCUUAAGCAUGAAUUCAUAUCUCGGGAGGAAGUUUCGCAUCUGUCAACCUGAGCCCUGUCUAUGAAACAUUCUUCAAAAUGAAUUGUCCAUAUAAAAGUUGCCUGUACUUAUUUGCAUUUUAGUUUCGUUACAGGACUUAAGUAGGAAAGCAUAUUUACUUUUUUGAAGACUUUUAUUUUUGUGUUGUGUCUAUCUCAUAUCUGGACUACAUAACAAAAUACAAUCCCUUUUUUUUAUUCUCCACUGUAUUUCAUACCUGAUACUGAUUAACACUAACAAAUUAUUUCUUAUAAAGCUUCCUACCAACUUAGAUUUCUCUUAUACCACCUAUCCACUACAGAAUAACCCAAUUGGGGUUUUGAGUUAUUAAAGAAAAAUCAACCGCCUAACCAUGGACAAGAAGAAAUAAUGCAGUUAAAUUGCUCCGGUAAAACUACAUUUCUGUUUUCUUUUUCUCAUUAAUAGACUUUAAGCGGUUCCUUUGAUACAGUAUGCAUCAAAGAAUUACAAAGUUACCAAUUACUAAGUAACUGGUCUUAUUUUAUUAUGGAAAAAAAAAUAUAGAUAGAACCUCUUUAUUUUGCGUUUCCUUCGAAUUAACUACAUUAUGUAGCAAUGCAUUUUUAUCAUCAAUUAUACAAAGAUGUAAAUUAUGAUUACAAAACUUCUUUUGUCAACUUCCCGAGUAGCGUUCACUGUACUUUUUCGGAACUAGAGAAUAGUUGUUCCUUAAGAAAAUUCAUCAGGAAUGUGAUGUUUUGACAGAUCAUUUGACACUAGAUGGAAAAUGUAGGUCGACGCCAAAUCAUGACAGUCGCCUCUUUUCUUGCGACGGGAAACUUUGAAAGUCUGUGGACACGAUCUAUCUGCAUGCGCUGCAUAUAUGUGAAGUGGAUGCAAUCGGUUCUGGCUAGUUGGUCAUUAUGAUUAUUUUAGCUCGUUCUGCUGAAAAUAGAAUUAUUCCCUUAUAAUUAAAAACUGUUUAAAAGUUCCAGCAACUUUUUGAAUUUUCUAGUAUGUAUGAGUACUGAUCAAUAAAUAUAUUUAACGACCGAAAAUUUGCGAAAUGAUGUUCAUCUGGAGAGUUUCACCAAGCUUCUUGUGAGUAUGUCAUCAUUUGAUGUAUGUUCUGCCUUUUCUGGAAGACAAGACGUUGUGGGUUUACUCCGCUUAUGAUAGAUCUUUUGUAAAUAAUAGUGAUUACAUCCGCUGCAAAAGUAUUUGAGAGAUAAAACUGCUCCAAAUUAUGUGGAUUCGUGAGCUAUUCUAAGGUUGUUUUGUGGUUAUCUGGGUGUGGGAUACGUUUAGUAGGUUCGGUAUCGGUUCGCUGUUGUUUACGGAAGGCAGGGUGUCAUUCAAGAAAUUAGAUGAACAUUGUGUCGAUCAGAUCCAUCCUGAAAGUCUGUAUUAUUAAUCCGCAUGAACCGGCAAACGCUGGACUCGCUGCGCCCAAACGUCUUGAGAAACCCAUGAUUGACUUAAUACAGGCUGCAAUGCCGGCUUAAGGAGUACAGUAAAAUAUCAAGCCAAGGUUUCAAAUUCAUUUGCCAGUGCCUAUAUCCACAAAUGACAGCAAAAAUAAAAGCUAAGACUGUAGAACAUUAUCCAGUUAAAUUUCCUUAUAUAUAUAAAAAAAAUAUCCCGUCUCACUCAAAAAUGUAUCCUUUUUUAAACUAUGCUAUAUCAACAUUUUCUAAGGGUAAUCGCUUUUUGUUUUUGUUUUUAAUAUAACCACCCGAUUUUAAAAUCGCUUUUACUGUAACAAAAAAAAGUCUUAUCAAUCAAAGAAUGCACUAUAAUUGAGUUUCUACCCUUUUUGGUGCAUAGGAAUGCAUUUCUCAUCGAUUGAAACAGAAGACAAAGAUGAAUGCUAAGAACAUUAAAUCGCAAAUAGUCUCAGACGUUUCUGCUAUUAGAAUGCUAGGGACAAAAUGAAUAAUUUUCGUUUACAAAAUAUUCUCGAAUCUCUCGAGGAAUAGAAAGCAAGGUGUAAAAUCUUCAUCUCCAUCCACAAAAACUGUUAAUUAAAAAAAUUUAAAUGAAAUACUGAUACAACUUUACUUUUCUGGUGUUUGCUUUGAUUUAAUUUUCAACCGGUUCUUUGAUUUCACGAUUCAAAAGUGGGAUUUUAGGACCAAUGAACCUUCAUUUCCAUCCCUAUCUGCUCUCCAUCCCACCAGAAUUGUAAUGGAAAUGAUUAAAGCAACGAACAUAUCUGUGAAAGAAAUCAUUUCUAUUGGAUAGAUAAAAAGUAUGAUCCCGCCCUUUUUCGAAUAAAUGAGCCGAAUAAAAGGAUUUUUUUUAAACUCUUUCAUUAAAGUGCUAAAAAUAUGGAAUUUUUUUCAUUUAAUUUAUUUUAUGCAUCUUAGUAUUUAGUUCAUGAUUAAUUACUAGAAUAUUGUGGAAUUUCCAAUUCAUUUUUUUUUUCUCACUACUAAAUGACACCACUCGUAUGAAAUCAAAAUUAAAUUAAAUGAAUGAUUAACAUAUCAAUGUAUUUUAAUACUGUAUUUAUUUAUAGUAAUCUCUCAGCAGCUCCAGUACACAUCAGAACCCAGUUUAUUGGUAAAAGGUUCUUGAUAAAACUUAUGAUUGUUGCACUAAAUACAACAAAUUAUCACGCGACAUGUAAAAUAUUUCAGACUCAGAGCAAUAACCUACCAUUCACUUCUCCAGACUUAAUUUUCCUGUCAGGGCUCUAUUUGCCUGUCUGGAAAUGCCAGAUUACCAAAGUGCUGGAAAGUAUCAUAUAUCAUUUUGCAUCCAGUGUAUGCAUAAUGUAGAUAAAGCUGUUUUAGUAAACAUUAAAUAAUACACUUUAAGGAAAUUUUGUUUUUGUUUUUUUAAGAAAUAGAAUUUUUUGCCUCUAUUAUCUGGAUAUUCGAUUAUCUGGAUCGGGUCCCUCUCCCAAUUAAUCCGGAUAAUCCCGAUCAUACUAAAAUUUUGGCAAUCAGAGAAGCCGACAGGUUCGUGUGAGAUGAGGGCUGAAUCCUAUUUAUACCCGCAAUAUUUCACGCCUAAACCUUCAAAAUGAACUAUUCGGUAAGGAUUUCGACCAAUUUUAGAAAGCAGAAGCCCUGAUAUCUAUCUCUAGAUCUUUACGUUUCCUUAGUGCCUUAACUGUGGGCCCCAUACGCAGAAAUAGAUCAAAGAAUCGUAGGUUUGUAUCGUCCUUCUUUUUAGAAUGUAGUUGACGUUCCUCCAUAAACUCUCUGUCUAUUUAUGAUACUUCUUUUUUACAAAAUGUUCUCUGUACAGAUUAUUUCAUGUAUCACUAAUAAAAUAUAAAUAUUUACUUUGC